AUGAAGUCGAUGGCGAACAACGAGAAGCUCGUCAUCCGCAUGCGCUUCAUGCUGCAGGAGGUGAUAGACCUCCGGCGCGGCGGCUGGAAGCAGCGAACGGAGCUGGAGGAGUACUUCAACCUGGGGCAGGCGCGGCUGCCGAAGGGCGAGCCGUCGCUCGGUUUCCUCUUCCUGAAGGAGGGGAUCGCGAAGGCGAUCGAGGCGAAGGACGCCGCGCGCGUGCGCGAGUGCAUGGCCAAGUCCAUCGGCCCGCUGCACCGCGAGAAGCUGCUGGCGCCUGCGGAGGUGCGGAAGUACUUCACCGACAUGCUCGAGUUCAUCGAGGACGAAGCGAUCGACGUGCCGUCGAUCGGUGCCAUCUUCGCAAACUACAUCGCGGCGGCCAUCGCCGACGAUGUGCUGCCGCUCGGCUUCCUCGCCACGGCCUUCAACCACCUCGCCGACUCCCAUGUCUCCACGCUCAAACACCGUCGCGUAGGCGCGACGCUCGCCAAGCUGUGCGAGCGAGCGGGCGCCGAGCGCGGCCGCGCCCUCUACGCCGAGGCCAAGGACUUUGACCUCGCGGCGCUCGCCGGCGGCAGCGAGGCGCGCGCGACACCGGACACUCUCAGGGGGGCGGGCGUCGCCGCGCUGGACCCGGCGCUCACGCAGCAAGUGACGGCCGACAAGGAGGCGGCGUCGCUGGCGGCGGAGGCGGCGACGCGCGAGGCGCUGUGCGCGCGGGUCGACACGUACGUAGACGAGCGGCUGGCGUCGGAGGGCGCCUUUGCGGCCUUGGAUAAGCCCAAGGAGGGGGAGAAGCCAGAGGCGCCCGCGACGGCUGUGGCGGCGGGGCUCUGGGUGGGGAACGAGCUCGUGGGGUCGGGCUUGGCCAACGAUUUGCAAACGCGCAAGCAGCUAAUGCGCGCCAUGAUGCGCAAAAUGCUCACGUACGCGCCGCGGACUGCAGAGGGGCAACCGUGGACGUCGAUGAUCCAGGUCGUCUCGCGGCCCGACAGCGAGCAGCCGCUCGACGCACAGGCUGCGGCGCACGCGCUCUUUGAGGUGCAGGGCUUUUGCAGCGAGCACGGCUUCCCGGAGGGGCUGCUCAAGAAAAUCUACUACGCGCUCUACGACGCCGACGUCAUAAACGAAUCCGCCUUCGCGAUCUGGAAGGCGCGGGAAAGCGCCGUCCUUCUCACUGACACCGACCCCGACGCGGAGCCGACGCCGAACAAGCUCAAGGCCCUGGUCCAGGCCAACGAGUUUCUCACCUGGCUCGACUCGGCCACCCAGGAGUCGGGGCCGAGCGACGACGACUGA